AUGAAUAGAAAAGGAGUGGUGUUUCAUCAUGAUAACGCCAGACUAUACACAUCUUUGGCCACGCAGCGAAAAUUGAAAGAGCUUAGUUGGGAAGUGUUAAUACAUCCACCAUAUAGUCCUGACCUUGCACCCUCAGAAUUUUACAUGUUUCGGUCUCUUCAGAAUUCUUUGGGUAGUGUUGGGUUAACAUCAAGAGAGGACUGUCAAAACUACUUGUCGCAAUUUUUGAUCAAAAAUUUGGAGAGGGGACAAACGAGCAUGCGGCUCACCUGA